AUGCCAUCAACCACACUGGACACGGCGGUUCGACCCUUUCACGCACGAGAGAGAGGUUUCUCCGUCCCUGUCGAUGCGCCCUCCGCCAUCACGAACAAGGCUCGUCGUCCUUGGGUUCGUGGAGCUAGCUGCAAGUUUUCUCAUGAUGAGCAAAGAGCUGCAAAUACAGGUUGGGGUCAGAAGGAAGACAAUCCAAAAUGGGGUCACGACAAAUUUGAGGGUCCCAAAAAAGAGAGGGGAUUUGGCACCAAUCAACCAAAUCAUAAUUCAGAAACUAGAGACAGAGAUUCACGUUCUAAAGCCCGUUCCAAUGAUGCUGCAUUCGACAACCAACCUAAGAGAAGUGAUAGAGAAGAGAGGUCAAGGCGGUGGCGUGAUGAUGAUGAUACAUAUAAGGGAAGGGAAAAUAAUAAUAGAAGAGAAGAGAAAGGAUCAAGAAGGUAUGGAGAUGAUGAAUUUGAACAUAAUUCGAGAGAAGAGCGAUAUAGGAGAGAAGAAAAGAAAUCAAGAAAGGAUGAUUACGAUGAUAUUCCUGAGCAAACAGAUCAUCGUAGAAGGGAAGACAAGAGGUCAAUAAAGCCAGAUGAUGGUGAGUAUGAACUCAAGUUGAGAGAUUCNCUAAAAUUGUAA